UUUCAAUCUGAGGGGAACUGCAGUGGAGGACUUAACACAGCCUAAGCCAGGAGACCUAUUUUGAAGAUUAGUCCUGUGCCUGUCCUCAGUUCAGCUGUUUGGGUUUUGACCACAAAUCAUUGAAGACCUUGAGUUCCUCGAGUGGCUCCCAUCUGUGUGGAACCUGCUGCUGUCUGCACGUGUGUCUCCAAACAAGCUUCACUUCUGACAAACAAUGAAGAGAUCCAGAGCUGUCCUCAUCUCCUGUCUCCUUGCUCUGGCAGCACUGAGCUGUGUCUCUGCUAAGACCUUUCUAAAGCUCAACACCACCAAUGAUCUGAAAAGGAUUUAUGCAGAAAAAAAGCCUACUCCUGAUGAGCACAGCGUCCCUCUGCUCUACCUGCUCGCCAAUGACAUUAAUAUUGUUAACAACAAUAUCUAUCCAAAUUUUGACCCAACUAAUGAUUAUGGUUCCCACUUUUAUGGUAACAGUGACCGCACCCCUUUGCUGGACCCCACCCCUCAAGGUUGCUAUUACUACACUAUGGGAAAUUAUAAACUCAUAAAACAGCCUAACACAUGUAGCCCAUUCAGGAAACUUCCUCCAUAUGUCUGCCAUCCCAAAGGUAUGAACACUAAUAUGAACAGGGCUCGCAUUGUUCUUUGCCUAAGCCGUGAGACAUAUAGGUGGCGUAUCCAUCGAGUGUAUCUCACCCAACACUAUGAAAAUUGGAACACUGCUGCAUAUGAUCCAGCCCGCACCUUUGAAGUAAGCCCCAGGCUGCUCAGAGAACUUCAGUGGUUUUCACUCCACAGUAGCUUGGUGGGACUGAAGAAACUGAGGGACCAGUACAACCGGAACAUUGAUAACAACCAGUUAAACGACAUUGUAAAGAAAUGGGGAGGCCAAAACCAUGCCGCUCUAGCACUGCUAUUAUUUCUACUCAAUUUAUUCAAUAGAAGGAUGAACCGGAGUUAUGGAAGUGAACCAACGUCCAACUGGCAAAGUUGUGCAUUACAAGACAUUUAUGUUGAUGUGGUAACUGGUGACAAUGGAUAUGCCACUAUUCGUUGGUCAGGUUUUUCAGAAAAACUCAGAAAUGACGGUGCUGCAAUUGUUUUGAACAAUCACAAGGAUAGAGUAUAUGUGUUUGACAAAAGUGACGAUAGCAGCGGAAGUUUAAAGAACAUAGUACCACUGAAUGAGGGACUUCAGGUCAGGUUGCACAAAAUAUCUCUAUCUCACAGUUGGUUUUGGAGUAGAUUAACAUUGGAGGAAGAAAUUUGCAGAGGUGAAGAAUUUCGAAGUCCAGAUGCAGUUCCCAUUACAAACUACGCUAAACUGCAGCUGUUUGUUAGAGAUGGUUAUAGCUGUUUUCGCCUGUAUAUAGAUAACUGCAGUGAGUGGAAGUCUAAGUUUUCUAACUCAUGGGUAGCACUGUAUGCAUCUGAUACAGAGUACACAAGUAAUUACAAAUCCAAGCAGUGGCAGUGGGUGACUAAGUUUAAACAACGGCCUGAUUCUGGUGAGUUUAAGAUUUAUGAGUACUGCACUGGUACGAUGGUUGCUCCAGGACUCCAAGCACGGUUUAUGAUCAAAGAUUACAACGAAGAAGCAAGAACUCCAGAGUGGCCCAGCCCUUACAAAGACAUGUUAUUGAAUAUCUUCACUUACCUUAUGCAUUUAAAGCGUUCUAAAUCACAGCAAUGAGUGUAUAAACUCUUUUCACAACUUUCAGAGACCACAGCGGAAUUUUGCUGUUAUGGUAAAGCUAACAACAACUAGCUUCCCAACACACACCUCCUGAUUAUCGGACAAAGAAACAGCUCUAGCAUAGUGUCAUGCAGUUGUUUCCUUAUGGUUCUCCAAUCUCUGCCUAACGUUUGCUUUUUUGUCAUUCUUGAAAAUGCCCCAUGACAGAAUCAAAUGUCUGGGAGUUGGUUUCCCAUGAUUCUUAGUAACAAUGUUCCUGAUUAGAUGAUUAAAGGUGACCCUGUCAGUAGCUUCUGUAUUAGUUAUUACCCAAGAAUUUAUUUUUUUCAAUUGUUCAGUUGCUUCUCAUCUGUGUUAAAUAUUAUUGGACUGUAGAAUGUUGUGAUGCCAUCUGAAACCCAACAGUUGUGUGAAAAAAUUGCUGGCCUGUAACUUGGUGCAGUGGACUCACCUGCUUGUGUCCAUGGAGAUAGGUUUAAUGUCAUAGUGUGUAAUCUAAGGUUUUAUAAACAAGUUGGUUAUGUGUGAAAAUUGAAUCAUGUAAAUAAUUCCUCAAGAUUAUUAUUUUCCUUUUUUCUUUUUUUUUCUUUUUGAUUGGAUUUUGGAUUUUACUUUCUGUUCAGCUCUUUCCAAAAAUCUGUUUGCUUUAAUAAAAAUAAAGUGUAUUUUUUGCUGUAAUCAAAAAUAUCUGAUGUUGAAUGUUCUGUUGUGACUGAAAUAAAAAGACAAAAAACAUGUUCAACAUUU